AUGUCGAGUCGCCAAGAGAAAGAGAAAGGUGUUAAUGUGCAGGUUCUUCUUCGUUGCAGACCAUUUAGCGAAGAAGAGUUACGGAACAAUGCACCGCAAGUAGUGACCUGCAAUGAUUACCAGAGAGAAGUUGCGGUUUCUCAAAAUAUUGCUGGGAAGCAUAUUGAUAGAAUUUUUACAUUUGACAAGGUUUUUGGUCCUUCAGCUCAUCAAAGGGAUCUUUAUGAUCAAGCAGUUAUUCCAAUUGUCAAUGAAGUGUUGGAGGGCUUUAAUUGUACCAUUUUUGCAUAUGGACAAACUGGCACGGGAAAAACAUACACCAUGGAAGGUGAAUGUAAAAGGUCAAAGAGUGGGCCUAAUGGAGAGUUACCUCCAGAAGCAGGUGUCAUACCCAGAGCUGUGAAGCAAAUUUUUGACACAUUGGAGAGUCAAAAUGCAGAAUAUAGUGUGAAGGUCACAUUUUUGGAAUUGUAUAACGAGGAAAUUACCGAUUUGCUUGCCCCUGAAGAAAUAUCUAGAGUUGCUUUGGAGGAUAAACAGAAAAAACAGUUGCCCCUCAUGGAAGAUGGAAAAGGAGGAGUUCUUGUGAGAGGAUUAGAGGAGGAAAUUGUAGCAAGUUCGAGUGAGAUUUUUAAUUUAAUUGAAAGGGGGUCUGCAAAACGUCGUACUGCAGAAACUCUACUAAACAAACAAUCAAGUCGGUCACAUUCUCUUUUCUCCAUCACUAUACACAUCAAAGAAGCAACUCCAGAAGGUGAAGAACUUAUCAAAUGUGGGAAGCUCAAUUUAGUUGAUUUAGCUGGUUCUGAAAAUAUUUCUCGUUCUGGUGCUAGAGAGGGUCGUGCAAGAGAAGCUGGAGAGAUAAACAAAAGUUUGCUGACAUUAGGACGAGUAAUCAAUGCCCUUGUGGAGCAUCUUGGGCAUGUUCCGUACAGGGAUAGUAAGUUGACUCGUUUACUUCGUGAUUCCUUGGGGGGAAGAACCAAGACAUGCAUUAUUGCCACUGUAUCACCUGCAGUUCAUUGUCUUGAGGAGACUUUGAGCACGCUGGAUUAUGCCCAUAGAGCAAAAAAUAUAAAGAAUAAGCCUGAGGUGAACCAGAAAAUGAUGAAAUCAACUCUUAUCAAGGAUCUUUAUGGUGAAAUUGAACGGCUCAAGGCAGAGGUUUAUGCUGCUCGUGAGAAAGUUGGGGUCUAUAUACCAAAGGAACGAUAUUAUCAGGAGGAGAGUGAAAGGAAGGCAAUGGCAGAUCAGAUUGAACAAAUGGGUGUCACUAUAGAAACGCACCAGAAGCAAAUUGAGGAUUUGCAAGAGAAGUACGAUGCUCAAGUUCAACAAUGCGCUGAUUUGAGCAGCAAACUUGAUACUACACAGAAAAACUUGAAUCAAACUUAUAAAUUGCUAGCCAAUACCGAGGAAGAACUGAAGAGAUGCAAGUAUGCACUCAAGGAGCGAGAUUUUGUGAUAUCUGAACAAAAAAAAGCUGAAAAUGCAUUGGCCCAUCAGGCAUGUGUUUUACGGUCUGACUUGGAGAAAUCUCUUCAGGACAAUGCUUCACUAUUUCUGAAAAUUGCUAGAGAGGACAAGCUGAAUGCUGAUAACAGGUCAGUUGUGAACAAUUUCCAAGCUGAUCUUGUGCGGCAACUUGGUUCCCUUUGCAACACAUUGGCCACGUCCGUGUCGCAGCAAAGUGAACAUAUCCAGGCUAUUGAGAAUUUAUGUCAGUCUUUUCUUAACAUACAUGAUAAGGCUGUAAUUGAUUUAAAGAAGAAAGUAACUGCUUCAAGGGCCCUGUAUAUUUCUCACAUUGAAGCUGUGCAGAAUGUAGUGCGUUUGCAUAAAGCAAGCUCUAAUGCUUCCCUAGAGGAGAUUUCAACUUUGGUUUCUUCUAAUGCGCAUUCUAUUGAAGAAUUUUUAGCUGCAGAGACUGUUGAAGCAAAUUCGAUAUAUGAUGAUCUUCAUAACACUCUAUCAACUCACCAAGGAGAAAUGGCGUUUUUUGCUAGAGAGCUUCGUCAGAGGUUCAAUGAUAGUGUUGAGCAUACAGAGAGUAUCUCUAAGUUCAUCAAUGGAUUUUUAGACAAGCUUAUUCAAGAAUCGAAAAGGCUUGAAAGUCAUGCAACUCAAGUUGAUAAGAUUCAGAUGAACGGUAUUGCUGAAUUUCAGAAGGCCUACGAGGAACAGUCAAAAUCCGAUGCAGAGAAGCUUAUUGCUGAUAUGACUACUUUGGUCUUCAAUCACAUCCAUCGUCAAAAAGAGCUGGUGGAUGCAAGACUUGUUGGUCUUAGAGAAACAGUUAUUGGAAAUAAGACAUUUUUAGAUGGGCAUGUUUCCUCGAUGGAGGGUAUUACAACAGAUGCAAAGCGAAAGUGGCAGGAGUUCUCUAUGCAAACACAGAACGAUGCUAAAGACAGUGCUGAUUUCUCUGCUGCCAAACAUUGUCGUAUGGAGUUGCUACUACAGAAAUGCGUAAGCACUGCUGAAAUGGCUUCCAAGAGACUGCAAAAGACACAUGAGUCCAUUAAGGAAAUAGGCAGUCAACAUGUAGCAACAAUGAUCUCGCUUGUCAGGAAUGCAUCUGAUAGUAAUGAGGAACAGGAUACUGAGAUUAGUAACACAAGGGCUGUUGCCGAAGAAGAUGUAGUAAAGAACAGUGAUGACAUCAUUCAGUACUUUGGUGAUAUGUUGGAGCAAGACCGAGGAUCUAUAUCUGGAAUUUUGUCAGUUGUCAAAGCUCAUACAAACACUCUUGAGGUUCUCCGGGAGGAUCACUCCGCGCAGUCUGCUUCAAUAGAACAGAAGGCUCUUGAUAUUUUCCAGCACAAAUACAUGGAUUAUGAGCCUAUUGGCACGACACCAACCAGGUCUGAGCCAGACAUCCCAUGCAAGGCUACUAUCGAGUCCCUACGAGCCAUGCCAAUGGAGGCGCUUCUAGAGGAGUUUCGGGAAAACCAUUCAUAUGAAUCAUCUGAAGUAAAGGAACCAAAGCCAUCUCUCAUUCCUCGUUCGCCCUUCUCACAAAUCAACCAAUAGAGCUGUGGUCUCAUUUCAUCUGCACAGAUGACAUUAGCUGUUUUGUAUUUGUAUUAUUGGUGUCUCUGGGAUUACCAUUUGAAACGAAUAGUAUGCUGCUAUUGGUGGGAGUUUGUGGGCGGGUGGUGGUGGCUGGCUAACAUAAUGUUGUUUGUGUAGAGUGUAACAGGGAUCAUGAAUUUGAAUAAAUCCCUACUUGGGAUUUUUUAGCAAUCUGUAGAUUAUCAAGGUUGUAAAUUGAGGGAAUUCUCCACAGGGUUCCUUUUAAAUUGUUUUAUUCCAUGAUCUGCUGAGGGAUAUGUAAUGUAGUGAAAGAAUAUGUUUGAUUAUUGGAAGGAGAAAUACAAUUUAUUGUGUUUUGGAAUUAGAGAGGUGUU